GUACACGAGCAUGGCUCUGUACACUUCACGCAUGCAUAGUACGGCUAGCUUCACGUAAACGAAAUGGCGGCCAACAAAAACUCGACAUGCUCGACAGAGUCGUCGUACGUUUCGCGUUGUACAACGAAAAAUUUCAAUCAAUUUUACCUCGUUAAAAGAGCCAUUGCAGUAUUGCUUGGCCUGUGGUAUGUGGAAAAUCUCGUCCAUGUACGGUUCUGGCUGCACCUUGUUUACUUGGUAGAAUAAUACCGAAGUAACAGCAAAAAAUAUGGAGAGAACGAUCACCACAACCAAUUUCAUGGGCGCCGCCAUUUUGAUUUCUUACCUGGUAACCCAGACUUCUUCCGAUGGCUGGUUUAGUGGACAGUGUGGUACCUGACUACUGUACAGCUUUCGUGUGGAACUUCAACUUCAAGCAGCACUCGGAGAAAAGGGAAGAGAAAACUGAAAAGUAGGCAUAAAGCCCUAACUAGAAUUAGAAACACAUGAAAAAUUGUUUUGUCAAAAUGUCAACUUCGGAGUUUGCUGUCAGAUUUCGACUAGAACUAUUCCCCGAGAUUGCUGUGUGCGUUGCCCUUUUCAAAGAUGUGAAGAAUGUGGAUGAAAUAAAGAACAGCAUCGUGGCUAGAAAACUUGAUGCCGCCCUCUUGACUCCAAAAAUGAUUGUCAAUCCUUUCCAGGUGUUGAUUGCUGUGAAUAAAGCUCUACAUGUCAGGAAACACGGACUCAGGAUGCAUACAAGAAACAUCAACUCAGAGGUCCUCUUCAAUUUGUCUCCGAUGAAAAAUAUCAGUGCUUGUUUUCAACAGUUUGGCUUCUCCAAGGAAGACACAGGCUUACUAGCAGUCACUGUAGAUGAUGACUCCAUGGAUAAGAUGAAGGCAGUGGAGGGGGUGGUGGAUGGUUCCAUGGCCAGUGUGGAUGAGUUGUCUUCCUUCACUGAUGAAAGUCUCAUCAAACAGGUGUACAAAAUUCACGAAGAGGAACUAUGUGUGUGCUCCGUCUUAGACGCAGUGGUCAGUAGAAUGGCAGGGAAGGAGGUAUUAUGAGAAGACUGUUAAGAAAUGAACCAAAAAUAGCAAUGAUGGCAUCCCAGAAAGGUCACAGGUCAUGGCAAGUAAAAUGUGAAUGGCCAUGGAAUGAGAGUGAAGGGCGCAUUAGGGUGGAAUGGGACUCUUGACAGAUGAGGUAAAAAUAGCAAUGAUGUCAUUCCAGCAACUGAAGGUCAAAGGUUGUGAAACAAGCCUGGAAAAACAGCCAGUUAAAGUGGGCAGCUACAGCAGUGAAACAAGCUAUGAUCCUGAGCUGUGAGUUGUUGCCUGGAUUACUUUGAGGAGGUUGUGCUUUGGCCAUUGGGAGCAAUAAAGUGGAGACACAAAGUGCCACGUUCGUCAGAGGCCCGUAGCCAGCGUAGCCCACCAGCGAUUAGUUUCUCUUCAGAAACAAAUGCAUGUGCUUAGGCAUUAAUUUCUGUAAUAUUUAUACCAUAAUUGAUGUUUAAUACCAUAUUUAACCAUACUUUUUACAAAGUGUUGGAAUAAAUGUCCUAUGUUGUUGGGGAAAAAAAGGUGA